AUGGCGUCGGAGGGCGGAACCAAUGCGGCAGCGACGGCGGCGUCGGCGACGUCGGAGGGGAAGAAUCGGAGUCGGAAGGGGAAGCCUUGGGACGAGGAUGACCCCGGCAGCAGCAACCUCUUGAAGGCGGAGAAGUUCGAGCCCCCCUCGAACGAGGGCGCCCUGCUCGAAACCACCUCCUUCUCCACCACCUUCGCCAAAGACAGAGAGGAGUCUCUGCUGGAGGCGUGGCCGGUCGUCAAGGGCGCGCUGAAGGAGCAUGGGGUCUCGUGCAAGCUCAGUGUGAGUGAGGGAUCCAUGACUGUCUCGACCACCAGGAAGACCAGGGACCCCUACAUUGUUGUCAAGGCCAGGGACCUGACCAGACUCCUGUCGCGGAGUGUCCCUGUACAUCAGGCGAUUAAAAUACUCAACGAUGAUAUGACCUGCGAUAUUAUUAAGAUUGGUGACCUCGUACGGAAUAGGAAAAGGUUUUCUGAACGGAGAGACCGUCUGUUAGGACCUAAUAUGUCUACCCUUAAGGCCCUAGAGAAUUUGACUGGCUGCUACAUCUUAGUUCAGGGAAAUACUGUUGCUGCCAUGGGUUCCCUUGACGGAAGGGGACUAAAACAAGUCAGAAAGAUCGCAGAGGAUUGUAUGAAUAACAUAAAGGGUCCACUGGAUCACAUUCAGGAACUCAAAAAAGAACGUGAGCCAGCUAAAACACCUGCCCUGGCUAAUGAAAGCUGGGGCAGGAUUCUACCAAAGUAUGAGAAGGAGAAUAUCAAACUGAAGAAGCCAUACACACCCUUUCCAUCUCCGCAGCAGCCUAGCAAGACUGAUCUUGAACUUGAGAAUGGCAAGUAUUCUCUGAGUGACAAAAAGAAGUCGACAAAGAAACUUCAAGAGAAGCCCGACAAGCAAUCAAAGAAAGUGGAUGGAAACAAAAGAAAGAGAGAAGCUGCAUCUAUUCCCCCAAAGGAGAGCAUUGCAGGUUCAUCUGAAUCUGCCAUGGCCACCAGUGGCGAUAGCAAGGUUGCUGAUAUGGUGGCCAUGCCCUCAAAGAAGAAGGCAAAGAAGGAAUAAAGAAAGGGUGGAUCACAAGAAAAUGUGAGAACAAACAAGCUGUACGUAACACGCCCCAGAGAAGCAGAAAUUAUCCGACCCCGAGUAACCGCGCGCGAUAUGAAUGCACGGCGUCGUCAGUGACUUGCUGAUAGAGGUUAUGUUAGUUUUGAGUUAGUCGAACGACUGCCAUCGUGCCGACCGUACCAUUGAAUAGACUGAAAUUUGCGUUUUGAACCAAAAUGUUUUCUUAGGAAUCCUUUUGUAUGAAUUGCUCGAAGAGUUUUUGUGGGCGAUUUAUGGUCUACCUUCAGACACUGCUCUCAGACGAGAGCUCAUGUAUGAGGCCCGUGGGCGUCAAACAGGGAGUCUUAGCUGAAAAUCCGGUUGUUGUUUUUUAGGAGCUAGAUAUUUUUAUAACCUGUUAAAAAAUAGAAGAAUAUAUUUUUUAAAAA